AUGACAAUCACCUCAUACCAAGAGCGCGCCGCUGAAAAGCGUGCUCAGCAAUACGCCCUGAUUCCACCUGAAUGGCGCUUAUCGCCAAUCCCCUCGAUCGAUACCGAGCGAGAUGCACUAUCAUAUUUGCGACGAAUUCUCAGUCCUUCAGACCUGGCCCUUACAGAAGAGACAGAUAUCAACAUCUUACUAGACAAGCUUUCCUCCGGAGAAUUGACAUCGCUGGAACUGACGCAGGCAUUUGCCAAGCGUACAGCACUUGCACACCAGCUUACAACAUGCUGUACAGAGAUAUUCUUUGAGGAAGCCUUUGCCGUUGCGAAAGAAAUGGAUGAGCAUCUUGCUAAGACGGGCAAGACUGUUGGGCCUUUACAUGGACUUCCGGUUUCGAUUAAGGAUUUAUUCUCUGUGAAAGGCGUAGAUACAUCUAUCGGCUGGGUCGGUCUUACAAAUAGCCCUGUACCGACUGAUAAGUCCGUCGCCAGAACCCUGCGCAGACUUGGUGCUGUUCUUUACGUCAAGACAAACCUGCCGCAGUCAAUGAUGAUGUCCGACUCCUACAACCAUGUCUUCGGCCAGUGCGUUCACCCGCUUAACCGACACUUGAUUUCGGGUGGUAGCUCUGGGGGUGAGGGGUCUCUUGUUGCAGCUCGGGGCAGUGCUCUAGGGAUUGGAACUGAUCUUGGUGGAUCGAUUCGGAUUCCAGCUAGUCUGUGUGGAAUCUAUGGGCUGUCGCCGAGCCCAGGAAGGCAUCCUUAUGAGCGGGGAAGUCCUGGUCAGGAUAUUGUUCGUUCGGUUGCUGGUCCGAUGAGUGUAAGUCUGGCGAGCAUUGAGAAGUAUAUGGAAGCUCUGCCGAGUGCAUCACCUUGGGAACUUGACCAGCACUGUGCACCACUACCGUGGAGGAGCAAUCUUGCAUCUCUGCCAGACAGGCCCCUCCGGAUUGGAUUCUUGAUCGAUGACGGUGUCGUCAAGGUCCAGCCACCUAUUGCACGAGCUGUGAAGGAAGUUGUCGCUGCAUUGAGGGCUGCGGGACACAAAGUGUUUGAGUGGGAUUCAUCUUCGCACAAAAAUGCCUACGAGAUCUGGGAAAAGGCCAUUCUAUCAGAUGGUGGUGAGGGAGUGCGGAAGAAAACCGAAUUAACCGGCGAACCUUUGAUUGAGGGGAUGUUGGUUGGAUCAAAGAAAGAUAUAUUAACAACUUCGCAAACACAUCAGCUUAACGCGGAUAAAUACAUAUACGAGGCGGAAUAUCUUGAUCGUUGGGUUUCCUCUAACAUCGACGCAUUGAUCAUGCCAAACAUGCCCUGGGUGGGAUAUAAGCCCUGGACAUGGGUCAAAUCAAGCGCAUAUGUGGGCUACACCAGUAUCUGGAAUCUACUCGGAUAUGCUGCUCUGACGGUACCUGUGACGAAUGUGUCUAGAGAGCUGGAUGUUCCCGACCAAGAAUGGUUGGAUUAUGUCCCGAAGAGUACGAGUAACAAGUUUAAUAAGGAGCAGUAUGAUAUCGAUUUAGUGGAUGGUAUGCCUGUUGGUGUGCAGGUCAUUGGUGGACGGUUUGGAGAGGAGAAAUGUGUUGCUGUUGCUAAGGCAAUUGAGCAAGCGAUGCGAUAG